AAUGCGCCAACUGUGUCUCGGUAAUCACAUGAUUUUUUAUGUUGCGUCAAUUGUGUAGUGUAGCAAACUCUCGCAGCUAUUAUCUCAACGAUACAGGGAAUAUUACAUCACAUUGGAGAAUAAGUGAACACGUAGAGCAAUUUAUUUAAAUCGUUAGGCCUCGACCUUGAACACUUUUUUAAAGCGAAGUAGCUUUAAACGUUAGAUAGCUAACGUUAAGCACUUUUCCUUUUCAUGACUAACUUCUGCUUGUUGCAACAGUCAGUCAGGAUGGGCCAUUUUCUAUCUCUCACCACCUUACUGUACCUGCUUGUUACGAGCUGCUCGGGCUCCCCUCCCUCGAAUUUCAUCCUCCUGUUCGCGGACGACCUGGGGUUCGGCGACCUAGGAUGCUACGGCCAUCCAACCUCGCUCACCCCCAACCUGGACCGAUUGGCGGCCGACGGACUGAGAUUCACUGACUUCUACUGCACCAGUCCCGUCUGCAGCCCCUCCAGGGCGUCUUUGCUGACAGGGCGCUACCAGACCCGGUCAGGGGUGUACCCGGGGGUGUUCUACCCUGGUUCCCGCGGGGGUCUACCGCUGAACGAGACCACCAUAGCGGAGAUGCUAAAGCCCCUGGGCUACGUCACGGCAGCCAUGGGGAAAUGGCACCUGGGCGUGGGGGAGAACGGGAUGUACCUGCCCACCCAACAGGGCUUUGACCACUACCUGGGGGUCCCCUACUCCCAUGACAUGGGACCCUGUCAGAAUCUGACAUGUUUCCCUCCAGAUGUUAAAUGCUUCGGAAACUGUGACGUCGGCGUGGUAACCAUCCCACUAAUGCACAAUGAUGUCAUAAAGCAGCAGCCUGUGGACUUCCUGGAUCUGGAGAGGGCUUACAGUGACUUUGCCACAGACUUCAUCACCCAGUCUACCAGGAAGAAACAACCCUUCUUCCUCUACUACCCCUCUCAUCACACCCACUACCCCCAGUAUGCAGGCCCGGCAACAGCAGGGCGGUCUCGAAGGGGUCCGUUUGGUGACGCUCUGCUGGAAUUUGACUCUACAGUAGGGAAUCUGCUCUCAGCUCUUGAACAUACUGGAGUCCUCAACAACACUCUCAUACUGUUCACUGCUGAUAAUGGGCCUGAGUUGAUGCGUAUGUCUCGGGGGGGUAAUGCUGGUCCUCUGAAGUGUGGUAAGGGCACCACCUAUGAAGGGGGCAUGAGAGAACCUGCCAUCGCCUACUGGCCUGGGACCAUCACACCAGGGGUCACCCAUGAGCUGGCCAGCACCCUGGACAUCAUGCCCACCAUCGCAGGGCUGGCGGGGGCCAAACUACCAAUGGUGCAGCUGGACGGAGUGGACAUGACGGACAUCUUGGUCAACCACGGACCGAGUAAGAGAGAGGCCAUGAUGUUCUACCCUACAGACCCCAGUGAGAAGUACGGUAUGUUCGCUCUCAGGCUGGGCAAAUACAAGGCUCACUUCUACACACGCGGUGCAGGCCACAGUGAGACCACCCCAGACCAGGACUGUCACAUAAUCUCCUUCCUGAAGCCCCAUGAUCCUCCCCUGCUGUUUGACUUGGAGUCUGACCCCAGUGAGAACUAUCCCUUGUCUCCGCUGGGACGCCCCGACCUGCAGGCCCUGCUGCAGAGGAUAGGCGUGGUCAAGGAACAGUUUGAAGCCUCCAUGGUGUUUGGGGAGAGCCAGAUCGGGAAAGGUAGCGACCCUGAUCUUGAGCCCUGCUGCACCCCGCACUGCACCCCCAAACCUUCCUGCUGCCAGUGUGGCUGAUGCACCCUCAAACCUACAGUACUGCUUGUACUAUACCUUAAGUAAGACUAGUUCUAGUACCUCUAUUACUGUGGAUGAGGUACCCCCAAACCUAACCUCUGAAAGUGUGGAAAGACAGUUCUUUAAGCCAUAUGAGAGACUGUGGGAAGCAGCACCUUUUCAAACAUUAGAAAUGGUACAUCCAGCAUGGCCAUUGUUCCACAUGAGUGUCUGAUCUACUAAUUCUAUGGAUGCGGGCACCCUCAUGUGGACCCUGCAUCCCAGUGACAACACCACCCAAAGACGCACUUAGCAACUGUGUGGUGUUUUAUCUUCAGCCGUUGUAGAAAAGAUGCAUUGUUAAAACACUCGUAAGCCUAAGUUCCAUCGCUAUUGGGGAAACCGGGCUAGUUUUUACAAAAGACGGUGUGUGUAUUAUUUUUAAAUACAGGAUUAUAUUAAUACAUUCUCUUUCACUAUAAAAUAGUGUAACAUCUCACACCCAGAGGAGAGGAGUGGUAGUUAAGUUCAAACAUGUCUUUACGAACUAGACAGACCUUCAUGUAAACAAAUUGUACAAAUCUAGGGAAAUUUAUUUUACAGAUGCCAAUUUCAUAUAGCCUAGCUAGUCUAUAAUCAGGUUGUUGGUCCGAGAUGCAUUAAUGUUGACAUUUGAAUUACAGUGGCAGAUCUGAAGUUAGGAUUUUACCCUAUAAAUUAACAGAUUCAUGAAACUGUUGUGACCCAGUAGCACGGUGACACAAGCACAAGAAAGAGACAGUCAGACUCAUUUGGACAUCAAGCAUAUAUUUUAUUCAUAAGACCAAACCCAUGACAAGGCAGUGUAUUUUUCUUUUUUUUAACUUUUAGAUUUGUACAAGUCCUCAUUUUUUUAAAGAUAACUUUGUAUUUGUCACAUACUGAUGCUCUAGUUAUACAGUGAAGAAUCUAGUUCGUUUAUGUAUUGAAGUCCAAAGUUUUGAUGAACUGUUAACUGGAUGUUUGAGCUGCUAUACAGGAAUAGGGAAUCCUUGGGGGUUGGUUGGUGUACUGUAUCUAUCAGGGAAGAUUUGAAGGGCUUCAUCUAAGCUCUUACAGGACAGAAAAACAAAACAAACUGGUACAGGUAAGAGAUGGAGCAUGUCUGGAGCUCAAAGCCAUGGGCUAUAUUGGCAAGAUGCGAUAGGUUCCUGUAUAAAAGCAGGCUCUCUGAAAGCUGUUUUAAUUGGUUCUGCUCUAUCAACAGAUUGGCCAGCAAUUGGGUGGGUGUUGGAUCUCAGCAAGGUCAAAGGUGACACAUUACAUUUGUCCCCUGUGUUGCUAAAGCCUGUCUGUGGGGUGAAUGUUUGAGUUAGCAAGAACCCAAAAUGUCACCUUAGUGGUUGACGUAGCACACAAAUAAAACUGGUAAUUUAAAUUGG